UCUUUACCUUUACUUUACCCUCUCUUUAUAACCUCUUUCUCUUUUACCUUCAAUCUCAACUCACCUCAAUUAACCUCAACCUCAAUCCUUAACGAUGGCUAGUAGCUCGAUCUCAGUAGCUGUACGCGUUCGACCUCCUACCGAACGCGAAAAGAAUUUAAUCAAACUCCCUCAGUCUGCUUCUUCUGGUAUCUUUGGUGACACUAGUUUAUCUUCAACACUAGCCACUUCAUCAAAUGUAGCUUCACACCGAUCCUUGCGCUCAAUUAUAAAAGUAUUAGACCAACGCGUUUUAAUUUUCGAUCCACCUGAAUCUAAUCCAUUUCAACAAGCUCAACGUCAAAUCUUAGCUAGAUUAGGUGGUGGGAAGAAAGUUAAAGAUAUGAGGUUUUGUUUUGAUAGAGUCUUCGAUGAUCGUGCGACACAAGAAGAUGUUUAUGAAGGUUCUGCUAAAGAAUUGGUCCAAGGUGUACUAGAUGGAUUUAAUGCUACGGUUUUUGCUUAUGGUGCCACAGGUUGUGGAAAGACACAUACUAUCACUGGAACUCCUGAAGCACCUGGGAUCGUCUAUCUAUUGAUGAAAGACUUGUUUGGACGAAUAGCUUCGGAGGCUGAUGAUAUGACGGUCGAAAUAUCAAUUUCAUAUCUGGAAAUUUACAACGAGACGAUCCGUGAUCUCUUGAAUCCCAAUGCACCUAUUCUUAAUCUACGAGAGGCCAAUUCUUCAGUUUCAGUCCCAGGUCUGACUACUUCCACACCCGAAUCAGCUUCAGAUGUCAUUCGGCUCAUCUCAACCGGAAAUGCACAUCGUACCGUACAUGGUACUGAAGCCAAUGCGGUCUCAUCUCGUUCACAUGCGGUCCUUAGUGUUGAUGUACGAAGGAAACCACGUACUGCUAGUCUCAGUGACUCCUGGUCUGUAGCAACACUCAGUGUGAUUGAUUUGGCUGGAUCGGAGCGAGCCUCAGUAACAAAGAACAAGGGUGAUAGAUUAUUGGAAGGUGCAAAUAUCAAUAAAUCUCUCUUGGCAUUAGGAAACUGUAUCAAUGCUCUCUGUGACCCAAAGGGACGAGGUGGUCACGUUCCAUAUCGUAAUUCGAAACUCACCAGACUUCUCAAACAUUCACUUGGUGGAAAUUGUCGGACAUUGAUGAUCGUGUGUGUAGCUCCUACCUCGGCUCACUACGAUGAAACUCAUAACGCAUUACAAUAUGCGAACCGGGCAAAAGAGAUCAAGACAAAAGCUACUCGUAAUGUCAUAUCUGUUGAUAGACACGUAAGUCAGUACGUUCAGGUAAUUUUUCAAUUACGUCAAGAACUUGAAGAUCGGAAACGU